AUGGCGACAAAAGUCCACGAAUACAAACUUCCUCCUACAGCCCUCAUUCCUAACUCACCAUACCCGCUGCUCCACUAUCCCGGUCUUCUCUAUGAUAUGGUGACCUCACCGCACUUCAAAACAAGAGAGAUUCUCGACCUUUAUGCAUCGAAUGGCUGGCAAACACAAUGGAUAGCGCAGUACGGAAUGGACAUACAAUCGCACUACCACUCCACUACCCACGAAGCCAUGACCGUUAUCUCAGGCGAAGGCGCAUGGAUCCGUUUCGGCGUCGCUGACUCCCCGUCCUGGUCGCAGGGGAAAUACGAACCGGGUGACAGAGGAGAUGGAGAGGUUGGUGGCGUGGAUAUCAAAGCGGAACUGGGCGAUGUCUUCAUCAUCCCAGCGGGGGUUAGCCACAAAACCUUUUUGCCGCGACCACGGAACGAGGAAUUGGCGUUCCACCAACCGAAGGAUGUAGAGGAGGGGAGGGCGGCGGAGGUUGAUGAGGAGAAGGAGGCGGAGAGGAGGAGGUUUUUUGAGAGUGUGGAUGUCAGCGGCGGGAAGUUCAUGAUGAUGGGUGCGUAUCCUUAUGGCGGAGUUUGGGACUUCGCUGUUGGGGGAUCCGGUGUUGGGAGAUAG